AGCAGCCGGGCUUUGUGCAGCACCCCAGAGCUGCUCUGGAACAGCCUCCCUUCCUCUGCCUCCUGCCAUGGCCCUGGGAUUCACAGUCCUGCUCCUGCUGGGGACGCUGGGCACAGCUGGCAGGGCGCAGCCCGUGCUGAGCCAGCCGCGCUCCGUGUUCGUGCAGCCCGGGCAGAGCGCUCGGCUCUUCUGCACCCUGAGCCCGCAGUACAACAUCAGCCACUUCGGCAUCUCCUGGUACCAGCAGCGCCCAGGGCACUCCCUCAGGUAUCUGCUCUACUACAACUCCGAGCGGGACAAGCACAAGCCUGCCAAGACUCCCGAGCGCUUCUCGGCCAGCAAAGACCUCGCCAGCAACGCCUGCAUCCUCACCAUCGCCGCCGCCUGCCAGGACGACAACGGCACCUACUACUGCGCCCUGUCCCCUGCCCUCAGGUGGCUCUAGAGAGGCUCCUGAAGCUUUCCGUGCUUCCCCUGGCCACCCUCUCUCAGCAGGGAGAGCAGCAGCCCUGGGAGGGAUGGGAAAAAUCCAUCUUUGCAUGCUUGAGCAGCCCCGGCAGCGCUGCCUCGUGCUGGGCAGUGCAGCAAACUCCUCUUUGUCCCUCACGGGGCAUCAGACAGGCGGGCACGGGCACAGAGCAGCCGCCUGCUGCAGCGGGGGGAUGAGGGCUCAGCUGUCCUGGGCUCUUCCAGCACCUGGCACGAGGCAGCCUCGACCCGGCUGGGGCUUCCGCAGAGUUUAAAUAAAGGUGAUAAAGGUGA